AGGAUGUGUGGGACAUGAUACGUGUUCAACUUCCAUAUCUCGAAUAUGUCUGGUCCUCUUUCAACUGCCAGUUUGUCCAGAAAGAUUAGAUUAGAGGCGGUGUGUCGCCACUCCAUCCCCUCAAAACAGUCAAAACUCCUCCAAACAUGGCCUUAGCUCAAGUAUCUGCUUCUCUUUCUCUUUCCAUUCACGAUGUCUGUUCUAUCAGCUCAUCAAGAACCCAUAAAAUUUCUCGUUUACCCGUUUCGAGUAUUUCACGAAGCGGCUCCACUUUUGCCACUGGUUCCCCUCUCUUGAUAAGGAGAACAUCUCACCAGAGGAAGCCUGCAUGUAAAGCAACAUCAAUUUCCAUUAAAUGUGAGCAAAGCACCCAGGAGGGCAACAGUUUGGAUGUAUGGCUAGGCAGACUUGCAAUGGUUGGCUUUGCGGUGGCUAUUACUGUUGAAAUUUCGACUGGGAAGGGACUUUUGGAGAAUUUUGGCCUCACAACCCCCUUGCCUACUGUAGCCUUGGCUGUAACAGCGUUGGUUGGUGUUUUGACUGCUAUUUUCAUCUUUCAGUCCGCCUCUAAAAUGCCAGCACCUGUUAAUGGUAUUGACUUGCAACGCAAGGGAACUCUUUUGCUGUCUCUUUGUCCCUUCCUAGGUUAUUCUGGUUUUUUGGGAUGUGAACUAAUUUUGGAAAUGGGGGCAACAGUAUCUCGAUUUUCCAAGAGGUUCGGUUUCCUUCCUCAGUGUAGAUUAAGGAUUCUCAUGGUGGGUCUUGAUGCUUCUGGGAAAACAACCAUUCUUUACAAGCUAAAGCUGGGAGUUCUGCUUAAAACCAAGCCAACAAUUGGUUUUAACGUAGAGACCAUAGAGUACAAAAACAUAUGCUUCGAUAUAUGGGAUGCAGGAGGACAAAGCAAGAUUCGGGCAUUGUGGAAACAUUACUUCCUGAACGCCCAGGGUAUAAUCUUUGUGGUGGACAGCAGUGAUAGAGAAAGAAUCUCGGAAGCCCGGAAUGAGCUACAUCGGAUUUUAAUUGAUAAUGAACUAGCCAAUGCAGCACUAUUACUCUUUGCCAAUAAGCAAGACCUGUCAAAUGCCAUGACUUUAUCUGAGGUAGCUGAUAAACUUGGGUUGCAUUGUCUUGGUGAGCGGCCGUGGUACAUCGUAGGUACUUCUGCACACUCUGGUUGUGGACUCUAUGAAGGUCUCAACUGGCUAUCCGACAAUAUCUCUAACAAGGCAGAAACAUUCUCAUACAACCACAUUCCUCAUCUUUUCUUCCAUAGAAAUCACCAAAAAGAAAUUGAUUCGACACUCAUUGAAAUGGAAAAAGCGUAGUAAAACUUCGAAAUCUGGCAUGAUUUUGUUUGAGGUUGCAAUUUUAAAAGACUCGGCUUUUCCUCUAGCAGAGGCACCUGCAGAUAGAAUCAUUCACAUCACAUUAUCACAGUCAGCAUCUGUGUAUUUCCAAGUUGAGUUUUUUUUUUUUUUUUU